AAAAACUUUUCAACGUUGUUAGUGUAGUUUUCCACUUCCUCGUACUUUUCCGAAUCCUCAAAAACUCCAAAAAUGACGAGUAGGUUCCUUCCACUCUUAGUGUUUGCAUUCUUCUUCAUAUCUUAUGCGUCAGUUUAUGCAGACAAUGCUCCUGCUCCUUCACCCAAGCCAACAUCCACGCAGCCGCCGGCGAAGCCACCAUCUCUGUCGACUCCUCCGGCGUCCCAUGUGGCGUCCCCUGCAAAGUCUCCAACUUUAUCGCCGCCUUCACAAACUCCGGCGGUUUCUCCAUCUGGGUCUGCACAACCGCCGGCGACUUCCCCUCCGGCGAAGUCCCCUGCCGUUCAGCCACCAUCUUCGGUUUCUCCGGCUUCCAGUCCAUCCAACAACAUGUCUUCACCGCCGGUUCCAUCUCCGUCGACUCCUCCUCCAACGGCUGCAACGCCUUCGGUGACUCCGGUGAGUAGUCCGGUCUUGGCUCCGACGGCGACAGAGGUGCCGUCUACUUCUCCUACACCAGAGGCUUCUGCUGGAAUUCCUUCGAGUUCGGCAACGCCAGCGGAUUCACCAGUGAGUCUCCCGUCGAGCAGCGCCUCGCCGGGAACUGCGCCAGCGAGUUCUUCGCCGGAAAGUUCACCGGGUCCGGCUGCAGAUGAUUCGGGUUCAAGUUCCAUUUUGCGGGCUCCAGAUAUUUUGGGUGGCAUGGCCAUUUGGGUCGCUUUGGCUAUGAUGUGAAGCAAAAUGCAUUUUGCUAUUUUUUGUAAUUUUAUAUGAUUAUUUUUUUU